ACUCCAUUCACUUUCUGGAACCUUCCCCUGAGCGGAACCUUCAGCCGUAGUUGAUCCCGGCAGCGAAGACUAGUAAACUGAUCCGUCUCGGUUCUGUGCAAAUGGAAGCUAGACAGCCGAAGCCGAAGCCGAAGCCGAAGCCGCAUUUCUGGAGAUGGGCGGUGGCGUCGAUUUUGUUCAGAUUAGUUCUAAUACACUUUCUCAAGAAUCUCAACCUCGCUUCUCGCCCCGAAGUCUCCACUCCCAUCACCAGCCUCCGCCGCCUGGCGGAGGGCUACUGGUUGAAGCAGUCUUCAAUGUCGCCUUAUUCUGGCUCUAUGUAUCACGGAUCUCCAUUGUUGCUCUUAGUGCUAGGCCCUCUUACUAAAAACAAAAUCGAUGGGCACCCUUACCAUCAAUUAUGCAGUUUGGUUUCGGUGAUUGCAGAUAUUAUCUCUGCCAUGCUUAUUCGUGCUACUGGUCAGAGUCUUCAGAUGGCUUAUGAAAAGAGCUUAAAAUUGUUAGGGCUGGGCAAGAUCUUAGAAGACUCUGGUAUUCUACCUUCAGGAGACAUAGCUUCACUGGUGUACUUAUGGAACCCUUUCACCAUAGUUACGUGCCUGGGUUUCAAUACAACCCCUAUAGAGAAUAUGUUUGUAAUCAUUUCCCUAUACGGAGCUUGCAAGGGUCUUGCACCAUUGGCAGCUUUUGGGUGGACCAUAGCAUCCCAUUUCUCUCUUUAUCCUUCAAUUUUAAUUGUUCCAGUGAUUCUUCUAUUAGGCUAUGGUCCAGAUGCACCCCCAAAAAAGUUGUUCAUGCAGUUACAUUCAGCAAAAGAUGAAGAUAUCAGCUCAAGUCAAAGGAAUACCAACCACUCAAGCUUAAGGGAUCAGAUAAAAGAAGUUACAGUUUUUUCUUGGCGACCAGUUGUGGUUUUUGUUUCCUGGGCUUUCAUCUGGAUUGCUUAUCUAUUGGUUUUGUCUGGCAUAUUUAUGAGAGAUUUUGGUGGUCUUCAAGAGAUGUUUAAAAGGACCUACGGAUUUAUUCUAACUAUGAAAGAUUUAUCUCCAAAUAUAGGUGUCUUAUGGUAUUUCUUUGCUGAAGUGUUUGAUUUCUUCAGAAACUUUUUUCUGAUAGUUUUUCAUGUGAACAUCCUCUUCAUGAUCCUGCCAUUGGCAAUACGAUUAUACCACAGGCCAUGUUUUCUGGCUUUUGUUUACAUGACUAUAUGUGCUAUGCUUAAAUCUUAUCCUUCAGUUGGAGACUCUGCCCUAUAUCUGGGUUUGCUUGCUUUGUUUGUAAAUGAAUUAUCAGAAAUGCCAUUUUCUUUCUUCCUAUUCUGUGGAUAUGUGGGUGUCUCCCUCUUAAGCCCCGUGAUGCAUAACCUGUGGAUAUGGAGGGGCACGGGUAAUGCAAACUUCUAUUUUGCAACUGCUAUGGCAUAUGCUUGCUUCCAGGUUAUUUUGGUUGUUGAAAGUAUCAGUUCAACUCUCAACCAUGACAGGAGAAUUGCCAAGUUAAUUAAAGCUUCUAAUUCUUGAGUUCGGGCUUUUCUUUUGCUACCUCUUUACCUUUAAAAUCUUGCAUUUUUGUUGUGUCGAUAGUGAUUUAGGUACGGACAAAUUGGUGACAAUUUUAGUAUGUAGUGUAACGGGCUAGUAUUUUUUGACUAAUAUAUGUACUACAUGCAUACGGAUAGAGAAAAAAAGCGGAUAGAGAUGCUAUUCAUACCAACUGCCCACUUGGUGCAGCCCCAAAAUU